AUGCCGUGUCCAGGCCAAUGCCUGACAGCGCUGCUGGCAGUGGGCUGCCUGCUCCCCACGGCGCAGGCAGCACACUACAAGAUCAACACCAGAGAUGAGAUCCUGGCGUCGGCGCGGACGCUGGCCUACGACAUGAUGCUGUUCUACAAGGGCAACCAGACGGGGCAGACGCCGGGGAUCCUGCCGGGCCCGCCGACGGAGCACAAGGGCGACUACUACUGGUGGGAGGGCGGGGCGCUUUGGGGCACCAUGGUGGACUACUGGCACCUGACAGGCGACAGCAGCUACAACGCGGUGACGACGCAGGCGCUUCUGCACCAGGUGGGCGCGGGGCGCGACUACCAGCCCGUGAACCACACGGCGUCGCUGGGCAACGACGACCAGGCGUUCUGGGGCAUGUCGGCCAUGCUGGCGGCCGAGACGCGGUUCCCGGACCCGCCGCCGGGCCAGCCGCAGUGGCUGGCGCUGGCGCAGGCCGUGUUCAACACGCAGGCGGACCCGGCGCGGCGCGACAAGACGUGCGGCGGCGGCCUGCGCUGGCAGAUCCCCGCCGUCAACGUCGGCUACGACUACAAGAACACGGUCGCCAACGCCUGCUUCUUCAACCUCGGCGCCCGCCUGGCCCGCUACACGCGCAACGACACGUACGCCGCCUGGGCCGAGCACACCUUCGACUGGCUGCUGGCGCGCCGGUACGUCGACACGGCCGAGUGGCGCGUGUUUGACGGAGGGCACGUGGGGCACAAUUGCACCGACGUCAACCGGGCACAGUUCAGCUACAACGCGGCGCUGCUGCUGCAGGGGGCCGCGUACAUGCUCAACUACACGGGGGGCGGCGCCGUGUGGCGGCGCCGCGUCGACGGGCUGCUGGACGGCAUGCUGCGCGACUUCUUCCCCGGCGGCGUGGCGUACGAGCUGCCGUGCGAGAGCCGGCCGGGCGGCGCGUGCACGACCGACAUGCUGAGCUUCAAGGGGUACGUGCACCGGUGGCUGGCCGUGGUGACGCAGCUGGCGCCGCACACGCGCGGCCGGAUCCUGCCGGUGCUGCGGAGCUCGGCGGCGGCGGCGGUGCGCCAGUGUACGGGCGGCCGGACGCGGCGGCGCUGCGGCUUCUACUGGUCGUCGGGCGUCUAUGUGGACCCGUCGGUCGACGGGACCUCCGGCGCCGGCGAGGCGAUGAACGUGCUGGCCGCCGUGUCGAGCCUCCUGAUCGACGCCACCGACGCGCCCACCACGAACCUGACCGGCGGCACGAGCACGGGCGAUUAUGGUGGCGGCGGCCGCAGAUUCAAGAGCAAGAGGCCCAAGCCCAAGCCCAUCACCACGGUUGACCGCGUCGCCGCCGUCAUGUUUACCGUUGGAGUCGUCAUCAGUAACGGCCUCAUCUGGACCCUCAUGAUGCUCCGGAACUGAAGCGGUCAUCCACACGUCGCCAAUAACGCCGUGGAUACUGGUUUUGUAAAUAUCUUUACUUUGCGCAACUCUUCCUUUUUCUUGCCAGUCUCUAAUGCACUGGAAGGCGUUACCGAGGGCAGGGCAGUGCGCACGUGUACCACCUUGUAAUUAAGACCUCAAACUCGAUCGUCCAAAGAAUAGGGUUCGGCUUUCAUCUAGUCCCGCGCUAUGAGAUGAG